AAUCGGGCAUCUCUCUGUCUCCCCCGAACAUUCAAUCACUACAUCCAUUCUAUUUAGCCGUGGCUGCUGGACGCUCUGAGGAAGAUUAUUCCAGCUGUACAGUUCUGGGGGCUCCUCCUGCGCUGGGCCGAUCUCACCCUCCUCUCAGCAACUGCUACAGGCAAAGCACCGAAAUAAUCUUACCUUACGAUCCGUUCCCCCGCCCCCGCUGGGCCAAAUAAUUGAAAAGAUGAUGGAAGAUUUCAACAGUGAGACGGAUAGUGAUUAUACUAGUUAUUGGCGAGAUUGGUUUAUCUCAUCCCGCGGGAACGAGUACUUCUGCGAAAUCGACGAAGAGUACCUCACCGAUCGCUUCAACCUCACGGGCUUAAAUACGGAGGUUCCCUACUACCAGUAUGCCUUGGAUCUUGUGACCGAUGUCUUCGACUUGGACGCCGACGACGAGCUCCGCGAGCAAAUCGAGAAAGCAGCGCGCCACCUGUACGGGCUUGUGCAUGCGAGAUACAUUGUGACCACUCGUGGUCUGGCAAAGAUGCUCGAUAAGUACAAAAAGUGCGAUUUCGGGAAGUGCCCUCGAGUCAUUUGUGAGGGCCACCCCCUUCUGCCCAUGGGCCAACAUGACAUCCCCAAUACGAGUACCGUCCGGCUUUACUGUGCCAAAUGCGAAGAUAUCUACAACCCCAAGUCCUCUCGCCAUGGCUCCAUCGAUGGUGCCUAUUUCGGGUCUUCUUUCCACAGCAUGAUGUUCCAGGUCUACCCCGCCCUGCUUCCCGAAAAGAGCAUCCGUCGUUACGAACCUCGGAUCUUUGGAUUCCGGGUCCAUGCACCGGCCGCGCUCGCUCGCUGGCAGGACCAGUACCGUGAGGAGACCAGAGCGCGUCUUCGUGAUGCAGGCAUGGAGACCCGGUUCGCAGAGGACAGCGAAGGGGAGGAGGACGAGGAAGACGAGGAGGAAAUUCAGACUUCGAGUGCUAGGAAAGAAAAAGUCGCUGGAGACGCAGCGUCCGGCCGGAUGGAUUUAGGUAAUUAAGGAAAAUAUCUGUUCAACUUUGACCCGGCCCGAGUUUAGGUUUCACGCCACUAUCUUCUUGCACAUGCAUAAGUGCGAUCGCCGCGCUUGACCUGAUGUCUACUGAUCUCAGUCACUUUUUUUAUGUCUUCUUCUCUUUUUUUGAUUAAUGUUUAUCCCACCUACCGGGCGCAUGACGGGCAUUUUGACUUGAUAUUUUAUGUACUCUGAAGCAACGAUGAUGAAUGCUGGUGGCGUUGGAAGUUCUGGAAUGGCCGGUCUUUUUCCCGUUCCUUCUAAUGUGUACUAGCUUUUUAUACCUUUGAUAUCUGUUGCCUUUGUGAUGCCAGACAGUAUUC